AUGUCACAUUUGGUGAAUAGUAUUCUUGUGGCGAUUGCCAUUGUGGCAAUUGCGAAUGAGGUUUGUGGCGGUGGAAGUACGGUAUUUGGAGUAUUGGAAAGAGGUGCCAAACUAUUACAUAAAGACGAAAUUGUGGAGCCUCACAAGUUGCUGCGAAUCGCCCAAAGGAAAAUCACAUAUAAAGCUCCGCAUCUCCAAAAAAUAGGCGCAAUAGUGAUCACUGACAAUAGCGAAAGUAAAGGUGGGAAAGCUGUUUUGCUCGAAGGAGGUCCUCCUUCCAGCUUUGCCGUGGUCAGGUUCAAAUCGGAACGAAAUCACGGACUUAACUUUACAAUGGAGAUAUUCGACACUCCGCCACCUUGCGACAGAUGUAAUCAACUUGGGUAAUUGGUUGAAUAUUGAUCUUUCCAAAAUCAAAAACGUAAUAUCAGGUCACUUAUAAAAAUAAAAAAAAAAUUGUCUAGCGAAA